UCAAACUCAAACACUCACGACUAGAAAUGUGUGUAGUGAUAAAAAUAAGCAAAAAACUUUUGCAUACAAUCAAUGAAAUGACAAAGAAAUAAAUACUAACGAAACUUUAUUAUUAAAACUCAAAUUAUAAGUGUUUGUCGCUCUUGAUAAACUAAACAUUUUAGUUUCAGAACAAAAUGGACAACAGUAAGAAAUCCGCCGAUAAAACUGAGCAGCCUUACAAGUAUAUAGUAGCGUUGGAUUUUGAAGCCACUUGUUGGUUGCAUCAACCACCACCAGAGUAUAGAAAAGCUGAAAUUAUAGAAUUUCCAGCAGUUUUAUUAAAUCUAGAAACUGGCCAAAUAGAAUCUGAAUUUCAUCAAUAUCUCAAGCCCACGGAAAAACCUCAACUAAGUGAUUAUUGCCUUAAACUCACUGGCAUUACGCAGCAAACGGUUGAUCAGGGCAUAUCAUUACAAUUGUGCCUACAACUAUUCGAAGAAUGGUUAAGCAAAGAAUUGAGAUCACGUCAACUUCAACUGCCAAAAGAAUCAAAAGACAACCGAUUGGGUAAUUGUGCUUUCGUGACAUGGAGCGAUUAUGAUUUGAGCGUAUUUUUAGAAUUAGAAUGUCGUAGAAAAUCAAUCGCAAAACCUAAAUAUUUAGAUCAAUGGAUUAAUAUGCAACAAAUCUUUAAAAAAUAUUUCCAUAGAAGAAAAAGUAAUAGUUUUUCGAAUGCUCUAAAUUAUGUCGGUUUAAAAUUUGUAGGCCAACAACAUUCGGGUAUAGAUGAUGCCCGAAAUUUAGCUUACUUAACAUAUAAAAUGGUUAAGAAGGGAGCAACUUUAAAGAUAACCAUUGAUAUGUCUCCCUCUGUUUGGAAUCUUAAUUGUUUCUAAAGCGAAUUGUUCUAUAAAGCAAAUCUUUAAAUUUCUUUACAUGAAGUAUUUUAAUAAAGUUUUUAUGAUAAACUUUAA